AUGACUAUCUUAGCCAACGGGGAGGUGAUAUCUGAAGAGGAGGACGCCGGCCAAGAGUCAGAUGAGGAAGGCGUGGAGUACCCUGUCCGUGGAGAGCUACUAGUCACCAGGAGACUUCUCAAUGCUCAAUCUAAAGCCAAAGAAGAUGAGCAAAGGGAAAACUUGUUCCACACCAGAUGCUUUGUUCAAGAAAAGGUUUGUAGCUUGAUCAUUGAUGGAGGAAGCUGUACUAAUGUAGCAAGUGCUGAGUUGGUGGAGAAGUUGGGUCUUCAAGUGUUCAAGCAUCCUAAACCAUAUCUCUUGCAAUGGAUCAAUGAUGAGGGUGGAUUACAGAUCACCAAGCAAGUGAAGGUCUUGCUAUCAGUGGGAAAGUACCAGGAUGAGAUCACUUGUGAUGUAGCACCCCUUGAAGCUAGCCACAUCCUUCUUGGACGUCCAUGGCAGUAUGAUAAGAGAUCAGUACAUGAUGGCUUUACAACCAGAUACACUUUUAUCCAUAAGGAGAAACAAGUUACCCUGGCGCCAAUGACCCCUCAGGAGGUACACCAGGAUCAGAUGCAUCUCAAAAUGAAGAGAGGAGAGUCCAAGGCCGCCAGCAAGUCCUUGCUUCUUGAAGAGACCAGCCAGGUAAGUAAACUCAACCUCUUUGCUACUGCUAAAGAUAUCAAAACUGCUGUGAUUGAACAAUCAAAUUUGAUACUAGUGGUUUAUAAAGAAUUGUUGAGCUCUACUACUAACCCUGCUCCUGAGAUUCCAGAGGAGAUUGAGUGCCUUUUGCAGGAGUAUAGAGAUGUGUUCCCAGAGGACAAUCCAAUAGCAUACAGGACCAACCCUGUGGAGACCAAGGAGCUUCAGAAACAAGUCAAUGAGCUAAUGGAGAAGGGACAUAUCAGGGAGAGUAUGAGUCCUUGUGUUGUACCUGUCCUCUUGGGCAUACAGGUUGAUGAGGAAAAAGUGAAGGCUAUCAGGGAGUGGCCGAUUCCUAAAUCUAUUGGAGAGGUCAGAAGUUUUCAUGGACUUGCUGGCUUCUACAGGAGGUUUGUGAGAGAUUUCAGUACAGUUGCAGCACCACUGACUGAAGUAAUCAAAAAGAGUGUAGGUUUCACUUGGGGACCAACCCAAGAAGAGGCAUUUCAAAUGCUAAAAGAGAAGUUAACAAGUGCUCCCUUACUUGCACUUCCUGACUUUUCUAUAACUUUUGAAAUUGAAUAUGAUGCAUCUGGUAUUGGAAUUGGAGCUGUAUUGGUGCAGGAUAAGAAACCCAUAGCUUACUUCAGUGAGAAACUAGGAGGCGCCACCUUGAACUAUCCUACCUAUGACAAGGAGCUGUAUGCCUUGGUGAGAGCUUUACAAGUGUGGCAACAUUACUUGUGGCCUAAGGAGUUUGUGAUCCAUACAGAUCAUGAAUCCCUUAAACAUCUCAAAGGGCAACAGAAGCUGAACAAGAGACAUGCCAGGCUUUGA